AGUGAAAUAUGGCAGAGCGCGUGAGUUUUGUGAAUUAAAUAUUGUGUUAAAAAUGAGUUAAUUUAGUGUUGUAGCGAUUUUACAAAUAGUGUUGUGCUAAUAUCGAUGAAAUGAGGUGUCGAUAAAAUGGGUGUUUUAUUGUUUAUAUUCGUGCUUGUGUGUUCGGGUUACGCGCAGAAUUGUCGCGAGGAAGAACCACGGGAAAGGAAAUGUGAAAACGUUUGUAGCGAUGACGGAAUUUGUAAGAUAAGGGCGGCUUUGUUGCUGCCUAAGAAUACAACGUUCGAUGCGUCGUUACCAGUUGUGGAGCCAGUAUUCGAGCUAGCCAUGCAGCAUGAGGUAGUUCGCAACGCGUUCCCACCCUGGGUACAGUUCGAGUGGCGGCGCUAUGACGUCAGCGAUUGUGACGCCGCAUACGCUGUCAUCACCGCCAUCGAUGCAUACAACGACUGCUCACACGUCUUCUUUGGACCCUCCUGUGAUUUCGCCUUAGCAUCCGUAGCUCGGAUUACAAAGUUCCUGGGCAAUACUGGUAUACCUCUAGUGACGACUGGCGGCCUCACGUUCGACUUCGUUCAGCCAAAACAAAAUUGUCACCACGAAUAUUACAUGAUGGUGCGCUCCGGACCUCUCGGCUUCAAGGAUAUGGCAUACUUCAUCAUUGAUAUCAUGAGACAUUACGACUGGAGACAACUUCUGUUGAUCAACGAGCCGGAGGCACAAGUACACGUAGCGGGCAAAUCGACUUGCCUGCUCAUGAUGAAAACGUUCGCGAAUUAUUUGAAAAAAGAAGACAUCAUUUAUACACCGUGGGAUACCACGUCAGACGGCGGCCUCAAUUACACAGAAAAUCUCAAGUUCUACCUCGGUUACAAGUACACGAAUUUGCCUGGCGCAGAGCAAUAAUCCUAUACGAAACACCCGCUUACAAAUCAUUCGUUGGGGCUAGUGGUGGCUUCCUAAUGGCUAGUACUAUUCACGAGUACAUGAUGUUUGAAGGAAUCUCGGUAUUCGGAAGGGAAAUGCAACCUCAACAGACUUAUGAGGACUUGUUACUUCA